UUUGGGACUCAAGGGGGGACUGGGGAUCUCAUGAAUUCCCGGUCCCAGGCCAACCGAACCGCGGUCCAUUGCCUUAGGCAUGGAGGAGCUGCAGGGUGAGGAAGACACCCUGCUGAACGUUGAUAUCAAAGGUGCGUCGAUCGCAGUACGGCGACGCUUUGUUCAGAAGGUCUAUGGGCUGCUGACCACGCAGCUGGCCCUCACAGUCCUGAUCGCCACUGAGAUUGUGCUUUUGGCCAGUGCAUCAGGCAAUGUUGCUUCUUGGAUCAGCAGCCACGAGUGGCUGCUGUGGGCGUCUGUGAUUGGCACGUUCUCCAUCAUGUGUUGCAUGCUUUGCUGCCGAGAUGCCAUGAGGAGUUAUCCAACGAACUAUGUGCUGCUGUUCACCUUCACGGCUUUUGAGGCGGUUCUCAUUGGUCUUGUUAGCACAAUGUUCACUCCCCAGAGCUUGCUCCUGGCGGCUGGUGUUACCACCUUGAUCUUUCUGGCGCUGACAGCUUACGCCAUGCAGGCCAAGACAGACUUCACAGGCUCUGCGCCCUAUCUGUUUGCGGGUAUGUUGAUCCUCUUCAUCUUUGGCCUCAUUUUGGGAUUGCUCCCCUUGAUCGGGGUCCCAAUUGCCGUGAGCACUGCCAUCUACGACUGCCUAGGUGUUUUGGUUUUUUCGUUUGCCAUCAUUUUCGACACGCAGUUGAUGCUCGGCGAAUGGGGCGGCCACAAGGUUGCCAUUGCCAUUGACGAGUACGUCUUUGCGGCGCUGAACCUCUACCUGGACAUUAUCAACCUCUUCCUGCACAUGGUCUCAUUGUUUGGUGAGAGACGUUGAAACAACGCACAUGCGGAGACAAAGCGGAGGAACAAGCGCGUUUGGAAAGAA